CGGCAGGACCCGGCGGCCAUGUUGGGGCCGGGAGAAGGAGAAGUGGCCGCGGCCUACGCCAGGAGGAGAGUGCGGGAGAGGCGGCGGCGCAGCCGUGGCCACGGCCAGAGGUGGCGGUGGCCGCGACGGGGCAACUGGCGGCGGGAGUGCGGGAUUUGAGUUGGGAGAUGCUUCAACACCAGAUGGAUUCCAUGGCUGCUGGCGAAAACGUAACAAGUUUAGCUAUAACCACCAAUGUAUGCGCUGAUGGCUCUAUUGAUGAGUUCCGGUAUCAAGUGUACCCUCUCAUGUACUCUGUCAUCUGUAUACUGGGCUUUCUGGGGAAUGGCUUAGUGUUGUGUGUCCUUAUAAAAACGUACCAAGAGAAGACAGCUUUCCGGAUCUACAUGAUCAAUCUUGCUAUUUCGGACCUCUUGUUUGUCUGCACGCUGCCUUUACGGGUGAUAUACUUCAUGAACGGAGGCAACUGGCUCUUUGGAGACUUUAUGUGCCGAGUCAGUUCAUACACAUUGUACGUCAACUUGUACUGUAGCAUCUUCUUCAUGACAGCCAUGAGCUUCUUCCGCUGCAGAGCCAUCGUCUUCCCCAUCCAGAACCUCCAGUUUAUCACCGAGAAAAAAGCCAGGCUGCUCUGUGUCGCCAUUUGGCUCUUUGUCACAUUGACGUCGACACCAUUUUUGGUGCAAGGCACAUACAAGGAUGAUGUGAACAACAAAACAAAAUGCUUGGAGCCUCCGGAGAACCAUCGCUUGUUGAGGGUGGUGGUCUUGCAUUACAUCUCCUUGUUGAUCGGCUUCAUCUUCCCACUUGUCACCAUUGCUGCCUGCUACGCCAUGAUUAUAAGGACCUUGUUGAAAAACGCACUGCAGAAGAAAGAAGCAGUCCGUAAAAAAGCCGUCUGGAUGAUCAUCAUUGUAACCCUGACGUUCCUGUUGAGCUUCACUCCAUAUCACAUUCAACGCACAGUCCACCUCCAUUUCCUCAUGAGAAAGGACACCAGCUGUGCGGAUAAGAUCUACAUGCAGAAAUCUGUGGUCAUCACGCUUUCUAUGGCCGCUUUCAAUUGUUGCUUCGAUCCACUUCUCUACUUCUUUUCUGGCAGCAGCUUUCGCCAAAGGCUUCGAACUCUUCGGAAGAGCUCUGCCUCCAGCAUGUCACAGUCUCACCGGAUAAAGAUGUCCUUAAAGAACCUGAACGACAUCGAUAAAGAAGAGGCACACGAAGAAAAGGCACACGAAGAAAAGGCACAUGAAGAGAAAGAACAUGCGCAAGAAGCGAACACAUCUGCCAUUCUCCUUAGCAGAGGCCACAACUCAUGUGCUAUGGAAGCCUGAAGCAUUGUUGAGGUGCAAGUUGGACCUCGUAAAUUAAGAAUGGCAUCAUGCAGGCCAACCUGAAGAUGCCACCAUCUGAGACCAUUCUUGUCUCAGUUGUACAUCCAUGUCCACCUGUGGUGUGUUGCAAAAUGUAGAGGCCAAUCGCACUUUGGUGUGCAUCUGUUGUAAAAAAUGUAAAACAUUAUCCGACUGCCUUUGCAUGAACACAUAUCCACAGGUCAGUUUUACAAGAGACAGGGUGACUGUGUAGAAGCAGUGCUAAGGGGUCAACCACAAGGAGGUGCUGUUUCUUACAAGUGAAACUAUGCUGGCCUUGGGCUGAAAUAAACAAAUAUAUACAUACAAGUGAAACGAACACACUUCUACAUAGCUAUACAGAUGCAGCCACCAUCAUGUCCAUCAUCCUAUCCACCUGCUUCUCAGGGAGUGGCCUACAAGCUUCAUGGCAGGUCAUAUCUCUACAGUGGGUCCAUCAAGCCUCUGCUACUUAUUAUCAUGGAGUAGCAAAUUGCCUUUCACUAUCGCAAGAAGAAAGUGAAGAGUAUAGCAAGAAGAAAGUCACAGGCCUGUUCACACCGUCAUCAGAAUCAGGAUAGGAGGCUCUCUACCUUGGUUUGCAUGAUUGGCUGAACUCACAAAAAAUCCCUCCAACCCCGGUUGCUCAAAUCAGAGCAGCCCAGCUUUUGCACCCUGCUCUUAACCAAGGUAGGAGGAGAUGAGAGCUCUCCUGUUCUGGUCGUUUGGAUCCACUUACAUCUUGUACUCAGUCACAAGGACUCACCAGGCCUGGAAACAAUAGAGAGCUGUGACUACAGGGGCUGCCGCCCAUGGAUGUGCACUCUGCAAAGCACAAUCUAUGAUCCCGUAGCUGGAGUAGCUUCAGCAGGGCUGGGUCCGCAUACUGCUCCUUCUUGGCCAGUCAGAGGGCACUUGCUGAUAUAAUGAGUCUUUCCAGUCCACUGGCAGUGCUAAGCAUGCUAGGAAGGCCUGCUAGGCCUUCGGAGGACUUUCUGUGCUUGCAGCUCUCAAUUUCAGCAAUGGAUGCUUCUCCUGGCUUACCCGUGUGUUUCCUGGGUUUGCUGACCCAAACAGAAAUUUUAAUCAUGUGCUACUACUGGGAUAGGAACUCCCUAACCCUCCAACCCACCCCUCCAAGGGGUUGUGUGAACAGGCCUAGGGUCUUGGAUUAGCAAAUUGCCUCUCACUAUUGUAGGCACAGUGGAAAGAAGGCCAUGUCUUGCAAAGACCUUGGUGCAAUGUGGUAUUAUGCACUCAGACACACACUGGAUGCUCUGGGAACUGUCUCAGCAGAAGACAGAUGCCUAGAAUCAGGGAUGGGCAGGCAGGUUUUGUCCAAACUAUGGAAGUAUUCCUAUGUGUGGCACUCUUUUUCCUCCCACAUAAGUGAAUGGGUGCCUGGUUUGGGCACCCUUCCCCCUUGACACACAUGGGUGCACUCCUCCCCCUUCACCCACACCCCUCCUGGCAGGCAGGCAGUCCCCAUUACCCACUCACUUGCUCUCCUCUCUGCCUCCAGCCACUGCUCCUGCCACUGCUGGGUUCUUCUGGGCAGCUGCCGUGCCAUGGCAUGUUAUAAUUGAUGCAUGAUGCGGCAAUGUCAUUACAGUGCACUGCAGCAGGCAGACGGCAGGAGUGGAAGGCAGGGGCAAUGAGGAGAGCAAGUGGAUGGGUGGGAAACAGAGAUGGGGAGUGCCCACUUGUCACUCGCCCAUUCUCUCCGAUGAUAGGAAGUGUGCCCACCCCUCCAUGGGAUGGGGGGGGGCACCAGCAGAGGUAGCAUGUGACCCAGGCCAUCAGCACCCCUCUGCGCUUGGUGCCCUAGGCAAUCUCUUCAUUUGCCUAGUGGAUGAGCCAGCCCUGGAAAGGACCAGGGACUGUGUGGGUAGAGCCAGUGGGUGAAAAUAUGAUGCAGCUCGUCUCUCCCCCCCCCCGACCCCAGCUCCAUUCCUGUCUGCCGCACACAGCCUUAACCCCCAUGCUCCCCUUCCCAAAGUUCAGUUGAUCAGCCUUGACAGUAUUAUCCACAGCUUUUCAAAUUCCAAGAGACUGAAGCAAAGAAAGCCCCCGAGGCUGAAAUAAAUUUGCGUGAAGGGCUUGCAACAGCCAGAGAGAAAAACACACGCAUUCCUUCGGUGCUCCGGAGGUUACAGGGAAGCAGCAGAGAAAAUCUCUCCUGCUGGUGGACUAAUGUAAACAGACUUGGAAUCCCCCCUUUGGGCAAACUCUCAAGACAUUAUUAAUCUUGGUGCCAGUGGGAAAUGUAAACAUUUGCCAGGGUGGGAAUUAAUGGAGCUUCUGAAAAAUGAGGAGGUGGAGAGAAGUCCUGAAUCCCCAAAUAGGCAGGCAUGUGCUCUGAAUCCCCAAAUUGGGAGCGAUUUCUCUGUUACACUCAUAUCAAUGCAACCCCUCUCUAAUGGCCAGUGCUUGAAAAGUGCUUUAAAACCCCCAAGUGUUAUUUGAGGUACGUGCUCCAGGGAGAUCUCUCCAGGCAAGGCCUUGACUCCCCAGAGCUGGUGUCAGAUCAGGUGAUUCGGCAGCAAUCUGCCUAUAUUUGCAGAAGCUGAUGCGCAAAAUAUUAGUAGAAAUGGCAUUUCCGAUUGCCAGCUGUGCUACAAGCUAUGGUGAAAGUGCAGCUCCUUGCAAAAUGUAGACAUUGCCGAGGGGUUGAUUUUGUUGUCGUGUCGGACGGCAAAUUGUAUGUAGCAUUUUCUUCCUUUUUUUUUUUAGCUUGUUAAGAUGACUGCAUGUUGUAUAGAUUGUGAGGGGAAGUGUGUUUGUAUCUGCUGAACACAGCCAAAUGCUAUUAAAAUGGCAGGGAUCAGCAGUGGAAUUUGCUGCACCAUGCCUGUUGAGAUGUUCAUUCUGGGACAGCUGCAUGAAGUCUGAUAGUUGAGGGGUGGGCUGACAUCACGCUUGUGGGAUCCACCUUGCUUUAAACUAGCCCCCCAAGGACCAUCAGCCUGAGCCAGGUGGAGAAUAGUGGUUUGGGGAAGGGGUCGGAAUAUGCCUGGAAUGAAGAACCAGGGUCACAUGUCCAAUCCUAGAAUCCUUCCUUCCCUCCACAACUGCAGGGCAGUCACAGGAUAAAUGGCUUUAUACAUUUCUAUAUUGUUUUCUCUAACGGUACUCAAAGUAAUUUUCAGAAACAAAGAAAUGCUUUUAUAAACAUUCCUGAAAAUAGAGUUAAACAUGGCAUAAGCCAUGUUAAAACUAUUCUGGAAACCCAUUUUUAUUUGAUUAAUUGAUUGGUUAAGUGCCGCUGAGUCGGCGUUGACUCUUAGUGACCACAUAGCUAGAUUCUCUCCAGGGUGAUCUGUCUUCCACUUGGCCUUUAAGGUCUCUCAGUGGUGCAUUCACGGCUGUCAUAAUCGAGUCCAUCUACCUUGCUGCUGGUCGUCCUCUUCUUCUCUUCCUUUCUACUUUUCCCAGCAUUAUGGACUUCUCAAGGGAGCUGGGUCUUCGCAUAAUGUGUCCAAAGUAGGAUAAUUUGAGCCUGGUCAUUUGUGCCUCGAGUGAAGCACAUUUUAGCAUGUGCUAAAGGCACUGGAAAGAUCUUUCCAGCCAAGUCAAACCAGAUGAAGCCUGGUUAAACCAAACCAACCCCCUCCCUCCCUCCUAACAGAGAUAUGCACAUGCAGAGCUCAACACAUAAAUUAUUCUAUAGCCUAUCUUGGUGUUGAAUGCUUUAGAAACAUCCUAACCCAAUAGAUGUUUCCUCAGAAGUAACUCCCACUGCAUUCAAUGGGGCUUACUCCAAGUUAUGAGACUGCACCUCAGAGGAAGAGCAUCUGCACUGCAUGCAGAAAGUCCCAGGUUCUAUCCCUGGCCACAUCGCCAGGUAGUGCGGGUGGAAAAUUCUGCCCCAAGCCCUGAAGAGCCACUGUCGUCAGAGCAGACCAUUCUGAGCUCGAUGGACUAAUGGUCUGACUCGAGAUAAGGCAUCUUCCUAUUUUCUUAACCAAGCAUGCUUAGAGAUUUUAUCCAAGAUGUUUAAAUCCAGUAAGGGAAACAGGAGCUUCUUUUGUGCAUUUUUGUAAUAAUGGACCAAUACAGCUGUCUGAAUUUUAUGUUUUCGGUUGAUUCGAGCACAACCAACCAAUAAAUUAACCCUCUCAGACCCACCACCUACAACUGGGCUCCUUUUUUAAUCUGUGUUGCACAUCCCCCAGUUCUGAGUCGAGUGAGAAGCCACAUCUGUGGUCCAAGGUCAGCAAGAACACCUGAUAAAAGAAACAUCUAUCCAAACAUCUGUUGAAAUCCACAGAGAUCCUUGAUUGUUGAACCACCACUAUGACUACCUACAGCCAUUUGGGUGGAUCUCCUGAAGUCAAGGAUUCUCCCUUAAGUCUGAUCCAAAUGAGAAGAUAUCUCCCAACUGCAAGAAAAGAGAUUUCUCUUGAUGAUUAGCUAGAGUAAAGGGAAAGGAAACACUAGGAAACAUGUGUGGCCACGAUAAACCAUAUGAUCCAUUUGCCUUUGCAUUCUUUCUUAAGAGCAUAAUUACGUUUUGGAAGGACGCACCACAUAAAUCUCAUCUUUGUGCCAAGCUUAAUAUACAGCAUUUGGGGGUGAGUCUCAGGAGAAUACUAUAAAUUACCCAGAAAGUCGGUGAAAGGAGAUUGAAAAGAACUUUUGGUUUGAUGCAAACUUAUUAGAACACAUCCCACCAUAUAGACUCAGGGUAAACAGUCAUUCCUUCUCCCCAGGAAACCUGGGAAAUUGUAGCUUGAUGGUCAAAGGGGCUUGGGAACUCUAACGGAGGAUUCUCAGCACUCUACAAAAGGAUAAUUCUGAGGUUUCUUUGUGGGAAGUUAAAGUUGAAGUAGUAAGAAUACUUGUAAAGAAAUAGGUUGCACUGAGAGACUAACUGAAAGGAUUAUAAGAUGGUAUAAUAUUGCACAAGCUUUCAUGGGUGACAACCCACUUCAUCAGAUGCUGAGUUGUUACUGGAGAAACACAGGAAAAUAGGCAGUUGGAAUCACAGCAUGGACAGGGGUUAAAAGACAACCUCCGAGUUAGGAAAAUCAGAGAUCCCUUCACCUCCAGUUUCGGAAGCCGUACAUCCAAACUCAGCAAACUGGAGUUAAGGGCAAAAGGGGACCUGCUGUUUCCCUUGCCAAAUUCCACCCUGAACCUUUGGUCAGAGUGGAGUUUGGAGUUUUGUAGCUUCGGUCAGAGUGGAGUUUUGCCAUCCUUAACUCCAGUUUAGCAGUGCCAGCACUAAGAUUGAAUGCUGGCACCACAGUUUGGGCCUGACGGGACUGGAGUUGAGGGAGGAAGCUCCUCCCUCACUCUUGCCCCAUUGGUUGUGUGGGCUGUCCUUCUGUCAAGAAGGAGGGUCACACACUCAGCUCCCCCACCUCUCUCCAGCAGACGGGAGAGCAGGGGGAGGGGGCACAGAACUGCAGGUCCACCGGACCUGCGAUUCCGUGCUACAGCUGAACCCAUCCAGCAAGGAUAACCCUUGUAGUGCGACAGGAAACCAAUGUCUUUAUUUAAUCCUUGUCCAAUACAAUCAAACUUUAUGAUAAAUUCCUGCUUGGUUAUUUCCCAGUCCAUUUGACUACCUGAGUGGAUCUUUUUCAGUGCAGACAUUCUCAGGUCCAUGACAUUGUGACUGUGCACGUUAAAAUGCUCACCGACUGGAUUUUUGGUGAUCUUAUUUCUGAUGUCAGAUUUAUGUCCAUUUAGUCUUUGUCUGCAAAACAAAAGGGGUUUGUUUUGUUUUGUUUUUGGCCAAAGGAUUUAUAACAUAAUAUUUGACUAGCAUGACUAAUAAUGUUGUAAGGAAUAUAUUUGUGGUGUCAUGAGGCCAAAUCCUAUCCUUUUUAGGGGGCAUACUUCAAAUUAAACAUAUCAAGAACAGUAACUUUUAUCAUUGCUCCCAGAAAAGCUUCACCAUAUUCCCUCCCUCAGUGUUUCUAAAAAAUAAUUGAAGACACAUCUUUUUAAAAAGGCUUUUAAUGGUUUGAUCCAGUGCUUAUAUCUGGUAGGUUUUUAAGAUCUUAGUCUUUAGCUUUUUACUUAUACUGUUUAAUUGGAAACUUUUAACAUUUGUACCUUUUAAAUGUGGUUGUAGCUUGGUCUUUUAAAGUGUUCAAUUUUAUUAAUUUUUUAAAAAUUGGUUUAUAUUAUAUCUAUUUUAUUAAUAUGAACCACCCCAAGCAGUAGUGUAUGGGAGGGGUGGGGCAUAGAUAUUUUAAAUAAAUAAAUAACUUAUGCCACUAGGGAAUGGACUUGAUGACAAGGAAGGUAAGGUUGAACAGGUAGCAGAGAGAAAUAAAGAAACCAAUUAUUGCAACUCCAGAGGCCAUGCAAAGUCAAGUUUUCCUCCAUGUCAUGAAUAUGUUUACUCAUUGCUCAGGAUCCAGAUGUCUUUUGUGAAAGUAGUCUUUUUGUAGUAUUUUCCUAGCUCUCAAGCAGCAACAGUUUUUCACUGGGAAAAUGCUAUUCCUCAGAUCUCCAACUAGCAUACUGCAUUUACAUCAUGAGUGCUACCUAGAAUACCCAUUUGUUUCCAGAGACAGAUGUGUGCAGUACUCCGUUGUGAAGCUAGAUGGCACUGUAUUGCCAGUAGAGUUGCUUGUGUUUCACUACGUGGCGUUCUUUCCUUGAGUUGCAACCCUACCGGUGUACAAGAUUUGGAUGCACGCUAUUGGUGGCGGUGGGAUAUGUCUGACCAAUGGCUGUUCAGGAUUGCUUUACAUGUUUCAAAAGGAGCAUCAGGGUUUACCUGGAGUACUUUACCCAGGUUUCAGUUUGGAUUGUGAAUAUUUGCCCUUGACAAAGUUCUAGCUGUUGCAGAUGGAUAAGUUUCCUAGCCCAGUGGAGUGUGUGUGUGCACGUGAUGUCAACCAGUUAAAGAUUUUAUAAGCUCUUUGUGUGUGUGCACCCUCAACAAGUUCAAGAGUUUAGCACGUGUGUGCCGUCAACAUUAAUUUUAUAAUUCAAUAUAAAAUUGAUUUUAUAAGCUAAUUUUUGCUUAUUUUAAUUUCAUAAGAUGUAUUUUAAAUUAAUUAAAAGCUCUGUGUGUGCGUGCAGCAACAUCCAAUUUUAAAAGUGUAUAUAACUACCCCUAGGGUUUUUUUUAAAUUUAAUGACUCAGUUAAUAUUCAGCAUUUUUGUUUACUGCUGCUGCUGCUGUUUUUAUUUUAUUUUAACUGGUUUUAAUUGUUUGGUUUUUCAUCUGUGGUUUAUUGUUUUAUUUUUUCUGUAAAACACCAGGAUGCAUUUGUUUUUGGUGGUAUAAAAAUGUAAUAAAUAAAUGAAUAAAUGAAUAUAUGCAUGAAUAAAUAUUUCCCAAACCUCA